UAAUUUCCCCAAGUAUGAAUAUACCAACAAUAAUAGGUAAUCACUUUGACAAUUAAUUAAUUAAUUAAUUAUUUCGUUGUUUUGAGGAAAAACAGAGGUGGGGUUGAUUGAGCGAUAACCAAUUGUAGUUACAACCUCCACAGCCAUAAUAGAAUUUCUGGGUCCCACAAACAAUAACAGAAAAACAACGGUAACAGCACUAUCACCGUUUUUUCGAAGAAAUGAGGAUAAUGGUUACGUCAUUGUUCAUCGCAAUAUUCAUCACAAUGUUCAUCAUUUCCCUAACCGUUUCUGUUCAAUCUUCUCCUUCCUCACAACCGCCGCCUGUUUCCGUUAACCAUAACAACUUUGACAAUGACAUCAAUCUCUCAGGUGACGCUCACGCCGUCAAAGACCGGGUGAGUCUCACGCGCCCCUCACAGUUCAGCUCCGGCCUCCUUCUCCGAAACACCUCAAUCACAUUCUCCUCUGCCAGCGCCAACACCACCGCCAAUACAACCGGCACCUCCCUCUCCGUCGAAUUCUCAUUCUCAAUCUCCCCCGCCGCCGCCUCCGACGAUGGCGGUAGCGGUUUCGUCCUUAUCCUCUUCCCUGGCGACUUCGAGAAUGUAUUCUCGGCUAACUACUCAUUCGGCAUCUCAAAAGAAUACAGCAAAAACUAUGUCGCCGUCGAAUUCGACACCUCGCAAGAUGACGAGUUCAACGAUCCAAACGCGAACCACGUCGGAAUAGACGUCGGAAGCCUCAUCUCCGUCGCAAUCGCGAAUGUCUCCGACUCAGACAUUGUCCUCAACAACGGCGAGAAGCUGAAAGCUUGGGUUGAUUACGUGGCAAGUUCGAAGAAUCUCGAGGUUCGGUUAUGCAAGUCCAGUGAAGACCGCCCUAACGAUCCGAUCGUUUCGCACAAAAUCGAUUUGGCUAAACUCUGGGGAAACGAGCCCGUGUUCGUUGGUUUGAGUGCCUCGAACGACGCGGAUUCCGUUCAGGUUGUUAGUGUGUACACGUGGAAGGUGGUGAGUUCUGGAGACGUGGCAGAACGUCAGGGUGCACGAAACGUGCCGGCUGAAGAAGAGAAGGGUAGUUUUGGAACUUUGUCGGUUCUUGCUGAGGUUAUAUUCGGAACUGUGUGUGUUGCGUUGGUUGCUUUUGUGGUACUGUUUCUGUGGGCCAUAUUCUUUCAGAAGCACGAGGAAGAACAGUCAUUUGCGCUUGGGAAGAGAGAGAACCUUGAGUAUGAGAGGAUAGAUGUUGCUGUGGAUAAGCAAAGUACUGAAGAGAUUGAGAGAUUGAAUUCGUAGAUGACAAUACUGAUGAUGUGAUUAUGGAAUUGUUGUUGUAUAUGUUUUAUUGUAUCUAUUUUCAAUUGGGAAAAUGUAAUUUUUGUAGGAGAUUCUUCAUUUUCUUUGUAAUUAGAAAUGUUGCAACCUGAACCACGUUUGUAAAGUAAAUUUUUCCUUGGUUAUGAAUUGUUAAUUAGCAUUCUUGUAACAUCUUAUGAUCCUUGAUAGAAAUAAUU